CUGCACUGAUAGGUGGCACUGAUUGGCAGCACUGAUUGGCAUUGAUAGGUGGCACUGACUGGCACUGAUGAGUGACACUGAAAGGCAGCUCAGAUGGGCACUGAUAUGUGGCAUUGAUUUGCACUGGUAGGCACUGAUAUGUGGCAUUGAUGUGGCACUGAUGAGCACUGAGAGCUGGCACUGAUGGACACUGACAGGUGGCACUGCUGGGGCUACACUGAUCAUCAGGGCACACUGAUCAUCAGUGCUCUGAUGAUCUCUGUCAGCGUGACAGCUAGUGAGGAGAGAAAUGCCGAUAACCGGCAUUUCCCUGUUUACAUGUGAUCAGCUGUGAUUGGA